AUGGCCUUUGUGAGACACUACGGAAGAGCAGAUUACUUUAUCACUAUGACAUGUAAUCCACAUUGGCCCGAAAUUGUUGACAAUUUGGCUCCCGGACAAGAGAGUCAUGAUCGACCAGAUAUUGUUGCGAGAGUCUUCAAAUUAAAAGUGAAAAAGUUUAUGGAACAUAUGAAGAAGGGAAUAUUUGGUACUUUACAAGCAUGGCUGUACACCAUUGAGUACCAGAAGAGAGGUUUACCCCAUGCACACUUUCUUUUCUGGAUAGCUCCAGAGCACAAAAUCAAAGCCGAAGAAUAUGAUUUGCCAAUUUCUGCAGAAAUCCCUAAAAAAGAGCAAGAUAAAGAACUCCAUAAUCUGGUCAUGAAACACAUGAUCCAUGGCCCAUGUGGUCCCCUAAAUGAAGGAUCCCCAUGUAUGGUCGACAGAAAAUGUUCCGCGCAAGGAGCGGGUAAUUCGGCUAGUCCUUAA